AUGCUGGCAUUAGUCCUAACGGCGGAUUUGGAAGGCGUGACCGACCUUGUGCCUUCGGACACAGCUGAAUCGCCUUACUACUACACAUUCAAAGUCCAGUGUACAUCAUGUCGAGAGAUCCACCCCAAUUGGGUGGGAGUCAGCCGUCAUGAGAUGAACGAACAAUCCGGAAGUCGAGGAGAAGCAAACUUUGUCUGGAAAUGCAAGAACUGCAAGCGAGAGUCAAGCGCCUCCAUCAAAGCAGCUCCAGCAAAGUAUGAGCAAAAUUCUCCUGCGAAACCAAAGAAUAUCAUAGACAUCGAUUGUCGGGGUCUGGAAUUCACGGAUUUCAAACCAGAUGGAGAAUGGGAGGCCACUGGAAUCGAGUCAGGGACGAAAUUCACGGGGAUCGAUUUGUCGGAAGGAGAGUGGUUUGAUUACGAUGAGAAAGCUGGCGAGGAAGUAAGCAUUAAAGACAUAAGAUGGGAGAUACGGCGAGCUUGA